AUGACAACCACCUCCGAAACCAAAACGUUCACAAUCAAACCCACGCCCCUAAUCCCCAACAACCCGAAACCCCUCCUCCUCUACAAGAACUGCUUCGUCCGGGACGAUGGCAAACUCGAUCUCGCUCGCGCCUACGACACCUUCACGUCCAACGCCUGGGACGUCAAAUGGGUGACCCGCUACGGCCGGCAGCAGACAUCGCACUACCCCCCGACGACGCACGAGGUCAUGGUCGUUGUCUCGGGGCCGGGGGUUGUCCGGUGGGGCGUCGCGGAUUUGAGGGACCCAAGUAACUGGGAAGAGCAUACGUAUGGUUCCGCAUUCGAACAGGGCGGAUUGGAGAUUGAAGUUGAAGUCGGCGACGUCUUCUUGGUUCCGGCUGGGGUUGCGCACAAGAGCUUUGACAAGCGCAGCGGUCAGCACGAUGCCGUUGUUUUGACGGGGGAGACGGCGCAUGCGAUUGAGCUUCAGGAAGGACAGGAUGAGCGGGAGAGGGUGUUGGGUGUGGAAGCAGAGGGAGAGCUGCAUGGGUUCGUGAUGAUGGGGGCUUAUCCGAGGGGUAUGAAUUGGACUUGGGGCGCUGGAGGGGACCAUGUUGGACGGUUUGAGGAGUGUUGGAGUGUGUCGAAUCCGGAGACGGAUCCUGUUGUUGGGAAGGGAAAGGGAGGGCUGUAUAGAUAUUGGGCUUGA